CAAUGACUAUAAAUCUAUAUUAUUAAGCACUGAAUAUUCGGAUAACUUCUUGCCAAAAGAAUGGAAAUCUAGCUCAUAUAAAGUACUUGUGGAGAAAAGUCAAUUAUUUACUUGUGCGAACAGUUACUCAUAUCACCUUAUUUCCUUACUGGUCGCUACAGUUGAGUUCCUGUGCAAGUACAAGAAAGUUAAAUGAACCAAAAAUCAGUUUCACAAUUUUUUGUUUGAGAAGCCUUUUUUCGUAUUAGUAUGUACAUAAUGAAGGUCUAUCAAAGGUGUACGUUGCAAAGAUUUUGCAUAUUUUAUGUACCGUGAACAGCACGCUAUCAUGUAUGACUUUUUCCCUUUAUUUACGGCUAUUUUGAUGUUAUGUUCGGUCACCGGACCGGAAGUGAAAAUCACUUGGUUUACUACCCACUUCUUUAUACCUUUGACUCGGUCCACGAGUUGUGGGUUGUGUUGUUAUUGUUUGCUGUUGGUUUUUUCUGUUGGAAACCAUGUCACUCCACAAGAAUUUCAUAAAAUUAAGGGGACACCAAAUUACAGUGGUCCUCGUUCCACUGUUUCUUAAAUCUAUAUGGGUGACAGAUCUUACGUUAUCAUUAAUUUAAAUCUGAAGUUGAAGCCUCGGUUCUACCAAGGAACAACACUGAAAGGUAUUGAAUUGAUGACCCGACUACAGCUAGCAGAUAGUGUAGUUGAUAAUAAUUAAAUAAGUCCGGCCGGCUGAAUCUUACCAAUUUGUUUUCUAUUCUAUUCUUGACCUGGUCGUCGUUAUCAUAAUGCAUAUUCCAUGCGCUUUGAGUUUGAGACCCAUCUAAACUGUAAUACAAUAUGUUCUAGAAAAAUCUCUCUAAGUUAACGUGGCGUGAGGUAAACUACUAUAGUUAUUUUCAAAUGUAUUUUUCAAGUAUAUAUAAGGACAAAUUAUAAACUUUAGUCUCUUCCAACUUUGUAUCAAUUACACAAUAUAUAACCUCGUGUGUGUGUGAUGGGAAAAACAACAUUGUAUGUAUAUGUAAUACGUAGUGUGUCAACGUCCUCCUAUAUAUGACCGGCAUAUUCCAGCUAAUUGGCUUUAUAUAACCCAUCUUCAUCUCCAAAAGGAAUUUAACUAUUAAACUUAAUAAUAUAAUUCCCUUUCGGCCUUUGGUUCUUAUUAUAAAAGGAUCCAUUUCACUCAAGUAUACACUCCUUCGAAGUCUAUAACACAUUUAGAGAUAUGGCAGCCAUAGCCAUGGGGGAGAACGACAAGGCAAGAAUAACCAAGGCUAGAAUGGAGCUUGAAGAAUUGUACUCAGGAAUACCAGACGAGUCAGUUGAUCUCACUUUUGAGGACCUAGCUAGCUUCAAUAACUCACCACAAAAUAAAAACCCCACCACCACUACUAAUCUCAUCGAACCCACUACCCAAGUCAACUCAUCAUCAGUUACUAAAGUUGCUGAUGAACAAGUGCCCCAUCUAAAGAAGAUCCCAAGUCUUGAUUUCAGCAAAGCCCUUCAAGCCUCCAUUGAUAAUCAUCGUCAUCACUACCCUCUCCUUCAGAUAAAAGAGAACGACGUCGUUCACCCCUUCGGUACUAGUAUUAGUACUACUACUAGAACUAGUAAUACUGCUCAUCAUCAACACCAUCAUAAUCAUGGCCACAUGAACGGCCGCCAUGCAUUAUCAUCAUCGGCAGGUCAUCGUGGAUACGACGGUGAUCGUCAUCAUCUAGGCCAAAACCAUCACCAUACGACGAGUUCCAACCCGUUUAUUGCUGAGUCAGGGUUCAGGCAGGCGGUGGAGAUGAGUAGCAUGGCUCAUGAUGAUGUGAGUUGCCAGAGCAUGGCUUCUACAUAUCAACAGAGACCAGGUGCCGCCGGAAGACGAAGGCCUGGGAUUCCCCACUCAAAAAUCUGUGCCAUUUGCUCUAGCUAUAUCUACAUUUUCCGCCAUCGUUGCCUAGUUUGUGGAAGAGUCUACUGCAGGCAAUGCGUAAAGUUAGGCAUGGGAGAAAUGACGGAAGGACGGAAGUGUAUUCAGUGCUUGGGCAAAAAAUUUAGCCAAAGGUACAUACAAAGAGCAGGAGAGACGGGAUGCUUUUGUUCAAGGUAUCCGACUGUGAUGAGGCAAGCAGAGCUAAAGUGGGCUGAGAAAGGGCCCAGAAGAAACAGCGAAAGAGCGUUUGGACGCAGUGGAAUGAUGUCGGGGACCAUGAUGGCGUCAAUAUCAAAAGGCCCAAUAGCCCCAAGGACCCUAAAUGGGCUCCAUGCUUCCAGUGAGCCCAAUUCCUUUGUCAUGACUCCAUCCUACUCCCCCUAUACUCCCACUCACCACCAUUACCCUUUUUAGAGAACGUAUUUUAAAUUUACCGACAAUAUUCCUCUUUUUUCUUUCUUUUUGAAUAACCUUCUUUUUUCUUAUAUCGUAAACAUCAUCUCAUGUCCCAUUUAUUUUUUCUUCUUGCAAUCAUCACAUUUCAUCCCAUCCCAUCCUAUCAAUAUAGAACUUCAUUUAUAAUCUGUAAUUUUUUUUACCUUACAAUUAUAUGACACGUAAUCAUAUUAUCAACA